AUGGACGAACGAAGAUGGGAGGACUUACAAAUGGACUGCUUGGUCAAAGUGUUGGUGAAAGUUGGAAUGGAGUCACUGCUUUUGGAUGUCCCUUUUGUGUGCAAGUCAUGGUACAAGGCGACCCUCAACCCUUCAUGCUGGCAAUCUCUCAUUUUCCCGGACAACGAAUGUAUUGAAGUCUGGCCUUGGGAUGUGUCUGAAUGUCCGAAUUUUCAAAAUCUUAUGGACAGAUUUGCGAGUGAGUAUCAAAUUGAUGGGGAUCGUUGCUCUGUCACCGCUUUUCUAAAGUUUGUGAUCAAUAGGAGCAGCGGAAAUGCUACUGUGCUCAAGCUUCCCAAAUGCUGCACAGUAGAAGCCUUUGAAUUUGCUGCAAAUGUGUGUCCUGGCCUUGUGACUUUGAGUUUACCACUAAAGUUACUGGACAGCGAUAACACGAAACUAGAGUUGAUUGGCAAGUGGAAAAAUUUGGAGGUGUUAUCAUUGGGUUCAUGCUUAAAUUUGGCUCAAAUACUUGCAAUUAUACAAACACAUUGCAAGAAUUUUUAUGGUUUAGAUUUGUCCAAGGGCUAUGUUGAUGAACAUCAUGCGUUGUCAAUUGCGAAGUUGGUGCCCAAUAUCACGUAUUUAAAUUUGAAGGGUGCAAAAGUUUAUCAUGAUAGUCUUGUCACAUUGCUGCGUGGGUGCAAAGAUUUGGUGAUGUUGGACGCCAGAGAUUGUUUUGGUUUCGAUGAGAACGACGAUGAAAUAUCAAAGCUUGCGUCUCAUAUUAGUACAUUUAUGUGCGAGGGUUCUAACUUUCCUUAUCGUGAUAUGCCUCUUCCUCUUAGUGCAGAAAACCCGUUUGAUGAUGAGAUGUGGGAUGAUAUAUUCAAUGAUUUGCAUGAUGUUCAAUGA